AGUCACUUGCCAAUAAACGAAUCUCCCACCUUUAUCUGCCGUUCUUAGAGUUGGACAGGAACCGUAAUCAGCAAAAAAAUGAAUUCAGAAGCCGAUUAUCAGAAGAUGACUAUUGCUCAUCUUAAAGAAGAGCUAGCCAAGCGUGGCGUCACUCCGGACGCGAAAGCAAAGAAGAGCGAAUUGAUCAAAUUGCUGCAAAAGGCUGAAGAAGAUGCUAUCUUGAACCACAGCGAAGAUGGUGCUUUUGGCGAUCCCUUAUCAACUCCUGAUGAAGAGCUGCUAAAUGAUGAUGUUCUUAACGACGUAUUGCCUGAAAAGCUAUUAGAUGAUGAAUCGGAAUCAACCAAGACCAAGGAGCCCGAAGAACCUAAGUCGAAACCCUCAAGCGCGCCUCCUUCGGAACCAGAAAAGACUACUUCAACAUCGCCUCCAGCUGCUAACAACGAUCCGCUUGCACUCGAUGCCAAACUGAAGCGCGCGCAGCGCUUUGGUUUGCCUGUUGGUGUCACCGAUCCUGCAGUCAAAGCUAAAAGAGCUGAAAGAUUUGGCAUUUCUGCCCCUGCCAAUGACAAGGACCUUAAAGCCAAGCGGGCUGAAAAGUUCGGCUUAAACACCAAGACAAGCCCGCCUGCUCCUGCCAAAAGUAUCUCUCCUCUGGAUGAAGAAGCUAAAAAGAAGCUAUUGAGCAGGGCUCAGCGAUUCGGUCUACCUGUCAACGAAAAUGGCAAAGCGCUUCAUAGUUCCGUUCCAACCAAAGAAAAACUCCAAAUGCGAGCUCAACGUUUUGGACUGACUACGGCGGCUCCCAUCGACGAUAAAGAAAUGGAAGCCAAAAAGAAAGCAAGACUCGAAAGAUUUGGGAUGAAGUAGAUAAUCACAUUCUUACUCUCUUCAAGAUGAACUGUAUUCAUAGUUCUUCACUCUAUGCACUUCUCCAUUCCUUUUAAUUCCAAUUCUCCAUGAUCAAUUAUUUGGCUGUGUUUGGUUUUCCUUUGUUUCAUUUUUUGACUGAUCGUUCCCAAAUUAUCUUCAUCUAUUAUCCGUUAGCUCUGGUAAGUUUGCAUUUACGCUCUACCUCAAUAAUGCUUGGCUAAGGAUGGACAAUAAAAAGGUGAGUCUUAUUUGAUAAUGCCAUUUUUGCUACGCUCUUCCAUGACUGCUGUCUGCGGACUACAGAACGAUUGAACGGAGUGCAUGUUAUGAGGUGAGUUUGGUGAACUAAUAGUCUUCGAGGAGGCUGGAGAUCUACAUUUGCCCAAGCAAAUCUGUUGUGAAACGUAUGGAAAAGAAGGUUUGUUUGUUAAUUUUACUUUUUUUUUUGUUUGACGUUAAAAAAAGUUGCCGCAACGACUCUGAAUAGCGAGUGAAUGGAAUAUCGCUAAUAGGUACGUGGUUCCUCUAUUUUUUUGUACACUUUGAUUCUUAUGGUCUCCCACUCCUCUCAAAAUACAUGUAUCC